UAUUGUCAGAACUUGUGAUGCCAGUUCUAAUUUUCUCGUGUCCUGUGGGUCCUCCGUACGUGCCAAAUCCAGUGCCACAGGACCAAGGGCAGCCUGGACACACAUGGAUCCGCUCACCCAAGGCCAACCUUAUCCCUCAACCGUGGGAUACAACAACUGGUGUCAGGUGUGUGGGGUGAUUAGCAGCCAGAAAAGGAUCAACAGGAACGUCGAAGGAGGAGGAGGAAUUCUUCCCACCAGGAGAACUUCCUACUCAUAACAGUUGGUAAGACCCAUCUGUUCCAUAGCUCAUUAACUGGGCACUUGCAGUUCUUCUAAAGGAAGAACAAGGGAUUGGAAGCAAACAGCGUACCAGAAGUGAAGACAGAGGAGCCUCAUUAGUGUGGGGAUUGUACAAGAAGGUAGUCAGCAGUCUCUGCAGAGGGGUGGAGAUGAGAGGAGGAAGAUUUUAAGUGUUGCUUCGAUAAGCUGUCCCUAAAAUAGAAAUUUACAAGUUACAGGAAUGGUGGAGCUGAGAAAUAGCAGAUAACAGAUAGGCGAAGGGUGAACGACCGAGAGUUCGAGGGGAGCAAGAGGACGAGCUGACUGCGAGAGAAGGAGAAGGACCAUUAUGCCAGAUAAACGUCCAUUAUCAUCAAUGAUACAGUAUAGGAGGACAUGGAUCACAGCAGUAUGGAGCGUUUGGUCAUGGGGAAUCAGGGAGACAAAUGCCUCAACUGAAGAUCUUGGAUACUCAGUAGAUCGAUAUGAUGAAUCACCAGGAAUAUAUUACGAAAAUCUAGGAGAAGUUAACUUAUUUAAUGCAGAAUGGAAAACAGUGGUAUACUUAGAUGUAAAAGAUAUGGACCAAAAAUCGGAUAAGAUAGGAGAAUACACAGAACACAUGCGCAAAUUAUGCUUGACCACUUCAAUUAGAAAUUGGACAAACUGUAAUCGUUUCGAAAACAUAGCAAGAGACAGAUUGAGUCAGAUUAGAGGAAGCGAAAGGUUGUUAAAAGACUUGAUAGGAAGCAAUCCUAGUCACCGUAGGAGACGUCAAGGAGUUUUUAACUUUAUUGGCGAAAUUAGUAAAAUUCUGUUUGGCACAAUGGAUUCGGAUGACGCUGAUUACUAUAAUGAACAAAUCAGGCGAUUCGAGGAAAACUCGGAGGAUAUAACAGGUUUAAUGAAGCAACAGUUAUCAAUUGUCAAGGCUCCAUUGGGAACUUUUAAUGAAACAAUAUCCGAUAUGGAAUAUAAUAAUGACCUUAUCAAAAGAGGAUUGACAGAAUUAAAAACUUAUAUGGAGAAAUUUAUAGGAGAAACUGAAGCUAGACUGGCCCUAAUAUCGAUUAAGAUUAAUAUAGAAAGUCACAUUGCUCAAGUGAACAGUGCCUUAAAUGCUAUGCAAAGAAAUCUUGAUUUACUAAUAGAAAGUAUACUGAAUGCACAGAAAGGAGUGCUGCAACCACAAAUUGUUUCUCCUAGUUUAAUUAUUGAGAGUUUGAAGAAGAGCAUUCCGUUUUUUCCCUGAGGGUACACUGGCACCAUUGUCCUUAAGCAAGGAUUCGAUCGGCAUGAUUAAUAAAUUAUGUGAUGUACAUGUAUACAUAAAUAAGGGUAUAUUAGAGUAUGUAAUAACUCUACCACUCAUGAAUAAGAGCGUUUUUAAGGCAUUAAAACUAAUACCUCUUCCAACAGCCAAGGACAAAUUCAAGUUUGUGUACAUUGAGAGAGAGUUCAGUAUUGUAUGUGGAUAAAACUGGACAAUAUUAUUUCACCACCAGUAGAGAGGAACUUGACAAAUGUAAAUUAAUGAAAGCAAGUUCAUUUAUAUGUAAACAGAGUCAACCCCUACUAAAUAGUCACCUGAGAGAAUCUUGUGUAGUAAAAUUGUUACAACCCAGGAGAACUAUACCUCAGAGUUGUGAUACCCGAGUAGUGUCUAUCACACACCCGGUGUGGACACAACUGGAGAGGCGAAAUGAGUGGAUAUACUUAUACCAUCCAGUGAUAGUGUGACAAUUGUGUGUCCCAACAAGGAAACAGUGGAAGUUUUGCUCACUCACACUGGAAAGCUGGAAAUUCAAGCAGGGUGUAAAGGUUUCACAAAAACAGCAUUAUUAUUCACAGUGAGGGAAAUUAAGGUGAACGAUUCCAGAAAGGGAGGAGAUCAACUGUCAAAGGUAGACGCCGAAUUUGAAUGCUGUGAACAAUUAGGUUCUCACCUCAACCUGAGUCAUAUAGAUUUAGAUAUGAAAUUCAAACAUAGUCAAUCAUGUAGAGGAUUUAAAAUUCGCUAGUUUUAAGAUUUCUGAACUGGAAAAGUUGGCCAGAGAGCAUGAAUGGAAGAGCAGGUAUGCUCAGUACCAUACCACAUAUUCAGUGUUAGCAUAUGUUUUUGCUAGUGUAUUGGUAAUAUAUGUACUGUAUAAGCUAGGGAGGUGUGUAUUACCUUGCUGUAAAGCAAACACUGCCAUAAGAGCGAUUGCUGCCUCCACCACAGAACGUUUGGGUCUCACCACAGAGUCAAACGGAAGAGGUAACAUCAAUAUUAAGAUUAUUAAUAUUAAUAUUAUUAUUAAUAUAAUAUUAAUAUUAAGAGGUAACAUCAAUAUUAAAACCAGCAGCGAGAGCAUUGCAAGUAACCCGGAAGAAAUCCCACUUCAAACUCUAGACAAGUUUACCAACCUCAGAGAAACCGGAGAACUUCGCAGAUCAAAAAGAAGUAGAUCUGCAAAAUCACAUUUCUAAAUUCAAUUAAAGUGUAAAUUGAAUUUCUUCCCAAGGGGGGAGGUGUUGUAUAGGGGUCUAGGAUGGGUGUAUUGUAACAUAUAAUGAUAUUAAUUACCUGUAGGGAUAGGUACAAAUACCGAGGUACUGCAUAUGAAUUGGGUUAUUUUAACAGAAUGUAUGUAUGAGCUGUAGUAAGCUGUAUUCUUCCACUCUAGUGUUGCCAGCCAGCCGGAUAUCAAUUGAACUUGUGACCCGAGACACUACGUCACAUUUGGAGCGAGGGCCGAACAACGCUAGGAAUAGUACAGCAGCAGGGAGUGAAGUCCAAGUGACCAUCUCUGUAACCUUAUUUGGGAAUAAUCCGGAAGUGAGUCCUUAAGUGUAGUAUAAAAUCCCAAGGACUGACGCCCUGGGUGCUUUUUAGAUCAGACAACUAGUUGAGACUACUUGUAUUUCAGUCUAAGAGUCAGUACUGCCCUUAGCUUAGGCAGAUAACCACUUCUACAUUUCCUUCAGAUUCUUGUAAUUCAUUUAUUAGUAAUAAAUUUUAGUUAUAUUACAACUGCUGAGAGGUAUACCCCAUUCUGCCUCCCAAGUGAUCCGCUCGCCCAAGGCCAACCUUAUCCCUCAACUGCGGGAUACAACAGCAGGACUAUCUGAAGAUUUGUCACUCAGUUGUUAUUACUAAUACCUCCAGUUAUUCCAGUUCAGCCCUUCUAGUCUGUGCCUGCCUCAAAACUAAUGGAAAGCAUUUCUAUGGAAGAACAUGUAUGAGUUAAAUUCUGCUAUCCUCAGUGACUGUAUGAUGCCUAGCAUGAGGAAUUUCAGUUUACAUAGCCUCUUUAACUAAUUACACCAUGAAGGAAUGUGGGGGAAUGGAACUAUAGCUUUGCCAUUCUUGACCUUGGCAUUAGAUAGAGGUCAGUGGCCAGCUCCAUGCCCUGGUUGCUUCACCCCUCAGGAAUGAGUCCUGAGUAUCCAUUGGAUAGAAGGCUGGGUGUGUCCCUGAGAUGGUCUAGACAUUAUGAAGAUGAGAAAAAUUUCUUGUCCCUGCCAGGAAUCAAACCCUGGCCAUCAAACCUGUAGCCUGGUGCUAUAUGGAAUGAGCAACUCAUACCAAACAAAUUAAAAACUGAAUCAUAUAGAUGUUUAUCUUAUAUAUUCUAAAGAUUUUUUAAAAAAAAUCUGAAGCUUCUUUCUACCUCCUCCCUGUAGAAUAGUAUGGGCUGGACAUGUAGCGAAAACAGGAAAGAAAUUCAGACAAUUCUGGUAGGUAAACUCUUGUAAAGUAAUGAUUUAAAAAAAUGGAAAACCCUUGUGUUUAAACAGUAAGUCUCUCUUGUAGGCAUUAUGAGAAUAUCAAGCACAACAACAAAAAUCAGUCACUGGUUUUCAAGGCCACAAUGGAUAUUCUUGUUUGGACAUAUUUUCACGUGAUUUUAUAAAUUGUUCUGCAUAAUUGUUUUUCUUACUAUUCAUUCAUUCAUCAGUAAUCUGUCAGAUGACAGG